AACGACUCCGUAAACAAAAUGGCAGCCUCCGGACGGCCUGAGCACCAGGCUCCACCAGAGAUUGUAAGUUGAGGGAAAAGUCAAGGAACACCUGUAGACUAAUCUAUUUUUAAGGGGUGGAGAAUAGGCAUGCCUUCAUUCCGAAAGGGGUUAAGACUAAACACGAUCUUACGAUAGCCUUGUCAUUUUAUUUGAAUGAUGUCCAGUGUAACAAUGAACUUGUCAAUAAACAAGAAUAAAACAUGGCAGUGGCAACAUGGUAAACAAAAAUUAAAUGAACUAUUAGACUACUGAGAUUCUGAGUAGGCCUAUCUAUUAUCUUAACUCUUACUAACAAUCGCAAAUUUUACAAAAUGACGUAACUUCAAUAUUAUUCAAGUUUUUAAACUUUAAAUUUAAAGGCGUAGGGGUAAAUUUGGGUUAACAGCAAUGUCACCAAUGUUAUGGCUUUUGCCAAGAGUUGCCUCACCCUACUCUGGACUAGGGAGAAUAGACCAACUGUAGGUGUAGUACCUGAACAAUGUGUGUAAUAAAUAACUUUCCUGUUCUUUACACUGAGCAUUACUCGCGUCAUAAACUAAAUCUGACUAUCGAAUCAGUUAAUAUAAGUAUAAAUAAGUAUAUUAAAAAGAACUUUUCCAUUAAUUUUUAUUAAAAUACAACUUACUAGUUUCAAAAGAGAUAAAAAAGACACAGACACUUGAUAUCCCAAGACCCAACACUGGUGAAAAAAAAGUGCUGUCUUUUGACUUUGAUUAGUUGAAAAUUGAAUUACUCCUAUGUUGAAACUUCUGUAACAAAAAGGAGACUCCUGCUUAAAUUGUAUUGGAAUGAUCUUCUCUGGACUGGGGAGGGGACAUCCCCACCCCCCAAUCACCAAAAUAAGAAACAAAGAAAUCUUCUGUGGAGGGGGGACCCCUCCCCAGAACCCCUCACCCGAAUUUCAAAAAUAUAAAAUAAGAAGAAAAAAUCUUGCCUUAAGUGAACACAAAUAUUGAAAUCUUUUGCAUACGGCGCUGUAGAUAGAAGUUGACCUGAGGGAACCUCCAUGAUCUAUAUUCAGUGGAACACAUCACAGGCCUUACGGCUAACCCAAAAGCAACCUGGUUUUAAAGGCAUUUAACUUAAUUUAACACAUUUUAAAGAAAGGUGUGUUUGGUUUAUAUCUUUCAAUUCCCCUUUGGCUUGAGUAAUCCCAUUCUCAGAAUGUAGCCUGUCCCAAUAUGAAUGUGAAUAUGCUAAAUGAAUUUCAAAAGCUAAAAGUAAAAUAAGUUAUUACAACAUCAGGUUUAUAUCAUAUAACUUAAGGAAGGGUUAAAGAGUUUAAUUUCAAAUCUGGCCCUUACAAAAAAAAAGUUAUUUUUUAUUUCAUUUUUUUUUUUAAAUUAGGUUGUGUUGGUUGAAAUGUGAGUUUACAAAAUAGGGUGAACUGAACCUUGUCAUCUAACAAUCUAUAAUCUAAGUUAAUAAAAAAAAAAAUUGGAAUUUUAAUUCAAAAUUGUGUAUAAGUUGUCUUUAUAACAAAUCAAUUAAUCUGCAGAUGUCAGUUAGGCCUUAUCAAAUUUUUUUAAACAAUACAGUCUAUUUUGCUGUUAAAUGUGCAUUAUAUUGUAGGUACUAACACUAAUUAAAAAUGAAUCUGCAAUUAAGCUGCAUUAUUGUUACAGAUGGAAUAAGAAUAAAUAAUUGUUAGUAUGACUGAUUGAAGAAACAACACCUCUGGCUUUGCUAACAGUUAACAGCAGAAUUUGAUAGAGUAGCCAUAUUUACACAUCACUAGGAACUACUUAAAAUCUUAAAUUCUUGAGUGUGGAAGAAAAAUUUGAUUUAUUUAAAAUAAAUUUUUGUAGCAGUUCAAGCAGCUUUAUUGAUAAUGAAAUAACUAUUUGAUUUUCCCUUUGCUUGACAAGCAGUUUGAGGUACUUUAUCUUUAAAAAUAUUGAUUUAUUAAGAUCUGUUUCUUACAUUCUUUUAUUUCAGUUUUACAAUGAAACAGAAGCGUCCAAAUACACAAGCAAGUGAGUCUCUCAUCCUUAAUUUAAGUAGCAUAACCAACUGUUAUUUUUAUCACCAUAAAAGGUUUCAUUAGCCAGUAUCAUACAGAAAUAAGUAAAUUUUUUUUUUUCCUUUAGACAAUGACAAAGACGAUACAAAUUUUUAAGAGCAACCUCUUUUUAAAAGCUUAAAACUUAAUUAACAAUCUGAAUAAAUAAUGAAAAUAUAUCCCUAUAACUAGGGUUGAGAUAUUUUAAAUGAACUUAUUUAGAAAUUAGACUAAUUGUGGGGUAUAGACAGCUGGAAAAUUAGUUUUUCUAUUCAAAUUAUUUAAUUAGGUGGAAUUGAUUGACACUGACGAAUUACUUUCUUUGACAUUGAUAAUUUGAAUGUCUGAAACUGAAGUAAAAAUCGUAUUCAUAUACAUUAGAUAGCGAUUAUUAUUUUAAGAAUGUCUGUUGUUGAUUAUAAUUUUUUGAAACUGUUUUUAGUUAAUUAAAUGAUAAUUCAUAAUCAUUUUUAUUACAAUAAUAAAAUAAGAAAUUACAGUUACAGUCUGGGAAAAAGUAUUAAAAUCCUUUUAAAUGAAUUUAAUUAAGAUUUAAUUAAUUUUUCUUAUAUUAUUUUACUUAACUUAAUCAGUAUGUUAAAAUCCAAGUUAAGUCCAAAAAAUUGAUUAAAAUAUUUUAAACUACAUUAUGUUUUAAUCUUUAUAAAAGUUAGCUGUUCAAAAUUUAGAGAAAGUUUGUUGUUGUUUUUUUUUUGUGGGGGUUGGGGGAAGAACCAGAAAAAAAGCCUAUUUAAUUUUUAAAAAUUAUUAUUAAUAUUAUUUAAAGUUAAAAAAUCAAAUUUCAUUUUAAAAAUGUUGUUAAAAUCUGCCUAUAACUGAGAAAAUUCUUCAACAUCAAUUUAAUUUAUAGUUGCAUUAAGUAUUUUAGUUAGGGCUCUGUAUGUGUGGUUAUCAAUCCUUUCAGAAAUUUAUUCUAUAAAUUACAUGUGAGAUAAAAAUGACGCUGGAGCAACAAAAAUAUUUUAAAAAUUAAAUUUUCUGUGGGUAGUGGGGUUAGGGAUUUUUGGGACAUUAAAAUAUCAAUGUGUGUUAUAAUUGACCUAACUUUUAUCAAAGGAAAAUGUUAUUCUGUAAUUUAGUUCCCGUAUGAUAGAAAUUCAACAAAAGUUGACAGAGAGAGCGUUGGAGCUUCUUGCACUUCCUGAAGAUGUACCUUGCUACAUACUUGACAUCGGGUAUGUUGUUUUAUUCAAUUUUAUUUUUACAAAAAUUAUAUUUUUAAAGAGAUAUUUGAUAUGUUUUGUAUUACGGUAAUUUUCGAACCUGUCAGCUGCAUGCUACACUUUGUGUUUGAAAGUCUUAUCAUGGCAUUAAAUUUAAAUGGAUUUUAGGGAAAUGUACUUUACUAUUACUGUAGGAUAGGGAACUGAAUGAAUUUUUAAAAUUUGCUAUCAGACUAUCAGCAUUUAAAAUUAAAAGAGAUUGAAAUUCCUGUCUUCACCAUCAUUUUCUCAACAAAGCAAUCAACAACUUUUUUAAUGUGUAGAUUUUAUCUGAUAACUGCUUCAGUUUUGUUUAUUAAGUUUUUUUUAAUCUUACAACACAGGAUAUGUUUCCAAGUCAAAACAAUCUGUCACUGUAAUGUGUUGCAUUAAUAUAAAUAAGUCAAUACAAAUACAAAUUGUACUUAUCAAAGUGGGUUAAAAUACAUUAUUUUUAAACUAGUUUAUCAAUUUUUUUAUUUAAGUUAGCUUUUUAAUUUGAUCUGAAAUGAAGUUUUGUUGUGUGUGUGUUAUUGAAAAAUUGUUUUUCUUAAUUUGCUUAGUUUUUGUAAUGGUAAAAAGAGAUGAUUGUUUCCUCUUCAAUUUUUCAGCUGUGGAUCAGGGUUGAGCGGUGAAGUUCUCACUGAUAAUGAUCAUACUUGGGUUGGGAUAGACAUCAGUCCAAGCAUGCUGGGUAGGAUUUCAUUUCACACUCACUUUUUUUUUUACCAUGUAUUGUGGUUUUCAUUUCUAUUCCUCCUGUUUGUUUUAUUGGGUUUUUUUUAAAAUAGUAGCCACAGGUUCCAACAACUUGUUGAUGAUCAGAAUCUAAACCAUGUUUCUCUUACCAAACAGAACCUUAAAAUCAUUUAUAUUAAGCAAAAAAAUGAUUUUGGAGUUGGAGGGGAAAAAAAAAAGAAGAGUCGAGUAAAACACCCAUUUUUCUAUGUUCACAGACGUGGCUGUCGAGAGGGAAGUGGAGGGAGACUUGCUUUUAGGCGACAUGGGAAAUGGACUUCCUUUCAGACCAGGAACUUUUGAUGGUGUUGUUAGGUAUGGACGCUGAAUACUGAAAUGCAAUAAGAUGUGUUUUCAUCUUCUUCCAUUGUGUUACCCUUGGAACAUAAAUAAAUUAUAUUGUUGACAUCAUGCUGAAACUCACUGCUCUAGUAACAACCCAUCAAAAUUAAACUCAUUGCCCAAGUAAUAACCUAUAAAACUGAAACUCACUGCUCUCGUAGCAACCCAUCAUACUUAAACUCACUUUCCUAGUAACAAUCCACAUUAUUUGCUGACAUCACAGUUUAACCCAAAAUCUGGGCAAAUACAGAAAUGUCAAUAGAUUUUUAAAGUUAUAAUGUACAAUUAUGCCAUGCUUUGUAACCAACCUCUCCUUACUUCAAGUUACUGCAGUAAAAAUUCAAUGUGUCACAACCCACCUGCCAUUUCCCAGUAUUUCAGCCCUUCAGUGGUUGUGUAAUGCAGACAAAAAGUGUCAUUCACCAGUCAAAAGGAUGCUGGUGUUCUUCAGAACCUUGUAUGCUGUCAUGGUAAGGAUCCAUUAGGAUUUUUGCAUUCUCAGUUUUAUCAUAUUAUAAUGGAAUAGGGCUUUACUCUUAUCGUAGAUCAAUUUUCUAUUCUUUUAUAAAGAGACCAAUAUUUUUUCAUUUGAUAACAGUUCCAUUUUGUACGAUACUCUAUUAUGUGUAUCUUAAAAUUACUUUUUUUUUUUUUUUUUUUAAAUAUUACCUUUUUUUUUUUUUUUUUUUUUUUUUAUUUUUAUUUUAAAAUUUUUUUUUUUUUUUUUUUUUUUUAAAUAGUACCAUUUUAUUAUUCUAUUAUAAUGCAGCUAGUAGCAUUUCCUUCUCUGUUAUAAUCACAGACUAACUCAAAGCAUAUAUUUUUAAUUCUUGCUGAUUUUAUUAAUUUAUUGCUGUACAGAAAAAAGUUACAUCUGAUGCCCGAUAUUUUGCGUCUAAAUCAUCAUGUUAUAUUUAUUUAAAAUAUCUUUAACUUUAAUUGGUUUUUUUCUUCUUCUCAUUUACCAAUAAAUUUCAUGGUCUUUUAUUCGCAGGGCAGGGGAGCAAGGGCAAUAUUUCAGUUGUAUCCUGAGAAUGGUGCACAGGUAAAUAAGCUUAAAAAACACUCUUGUCAUAUUCACUACAAUAGUUGACAUUUUUUUUUUUUUUUGAAAUAUGUUGCUGUUUAGUCUUGUCAUCAAUUCUCUCAGCUAAAUUGUCAGUACUGAUGUCUCAACAUUAAGGUGAAUAACUGAGUUAAUGCCCCAGCAACAUUUGAUGGAGAUAAUACAUGCUGCAUACAACCACCACCUUUGGAUCAAUUUUUGUUAGAUCAUCUUAUGUUUUCUGCUGUGUCCUUAAGUAGGGAUACAUGCUAUUCCCCAGAAUUUAAUCCAUAGAAACUAUUUAUUUUUAGGAAAAGCAAAUUGUAAUUUUUCUUCAAUUUUCAACUUAUCAUUUCCCCUAAAAUACGGGAGAAAAUAGCACUUGUUAUUUUUCGUAAACAUUUCAAUAAUAAGCUUGAGUGGUGAAAUAGGCUUCCAUGUAUGCUUGUAGCUCAUUAAAAAUCAUCUGUGUAGUGUUAUCAGUUUCACCGUAUCAGCAUGUAACAAUAGAUUUUGAAAAAUCUCAUCUGAAAUGUCAUUUUUUAAAGUUGAUUACAAUCUUGCAUUAUGGAUUAUUAUGAAUAGGUGCCGUUAGCAUUAAAAUGUGUAUCAGCAGCACUGGUCAAGCCAGUGUAGGUGCUGCCAGUAUACAAGAUGUCUCAGGGCUGGUAAGCCUAAUGGAGACAUUGGCAGUGUACAGAAAUAGAAAAAUAAUGUCCUCUUUUUCUCUUCCACAGUUGGAGCUUCUGACCCAACAAGCUAUGAAAGCAGGUUUCACGGGAGGCCUGGUCAUUGACUACCCCAACAGUACCAAGGCUAAAAAGUAAACCUUUUCAAACCCUGUCUUUGAGAGAUUAACUUUGUCUAUAAACAGGACACCCAUUCCACACUUGAGUUAUUAUAGCUGGAGAUAUUUUCUAUUUAGUUUGAAGGGUUAAUUUAUUGUUAAGAAUUGUGUUCAUUUAUUUGCCCAAUAUACUUUAAAGAAAGAGACUUGGAUAUAAAAUAUUUAGCCUAAGUAAAUUGUUAACACUAACGGCACCUAAUUUAAACCAGAUGCAAUUCUGUGGCUUUUUUGGUAGCUCUUUCUUUUACAAACACACUUUAAUUUCUUCUACCAAUCUAAUUAUAAAUGGAUUUUUAUAAAUUUUCAAUAGAGAUUCUUAAUGGAACUAUCGGUACAUUUUCAUCAAUAAAUGCCACAUGUCCAUUAAUAAUUAUCUGUUAUGUAGAUUCUGUGAAAAACUAGUUCAUGAAGUUGUAAAUGAAAAUUUAUUUAAAAUAGUGUUAGCGUACAUUUUAACCUGACAUUGAAAUGCGACAUUAUUUCCCCUUCAUUUUUUUUUUUACUGCCUUUACAAAGAAAGGAAAUUCCUCAUCAGCUUUGUUGGUGCUAUAUAAGUUGAGUGUUCCAUCAUUCCUAUCCACAGUUAGUGAUGCAAGUAAAAAGUCUUCCAAAAGCUUGUAGCCAGUAAAUCCAGUGAAUUUAUUUAAUGCAAUUGAUUUCAAUAUUUUGUGUUACAACUUGCCACCUCAUCAAUUGUUUUUUUUUUUUUUUAUUAUCUAUCUAGAAUAUUUUUGUGUUUAUUCUGCGGUGGUCCAUCCCAAGUGCUACCCCAGGGACUGGGCACAGAGGAAUCUAACACAAAUGUUGCACAGAUGUCUGGUAGAAGGUAACUUAUUCUUUGCAGUGGUGUUCCCUUAAAGCGUGCUUGUCAAAUGGCAGUGAAAUUUGUCCAACGGUUAUGUUUAAGCAACACAUGUUAUAUUUUUUAAAUGCUGUUAAGCUUGAGUUCAUACAUUAGUCCUCAUACUGCAGCCUUAUUUCCAGAUUAUAUGUCCGGGGUCCUUGUUUCCAUUACUUCUGCUUUAUGUUGGCAGCAUACAAGAUGUCUCAGCACUGGAUGAAUUUUCAUUAUUACUGUUCAACCAUUGGUUAAAAUAUGCAUUUGCAAAGUUUAACUUAAGAAGGCCUUUGGCCUAGCUGAAAUAUUUCAUUUUACUUUUGUCUGCAUUAAGUUUAGCUCCACCUUACUUGUAUUGAUAAAUUGUAUCUUUUUUUUUUUUUUUUGUUGAUGACUGGCCAUUUCCAAAAGACAUUGAUUGUGUUUUUUUUUUUUUAAUCCUCUUUCAAAAAAAAAAUAGUUGUUAAGUUUUUGAUUUUUCCCCCAAAGGGAGCGAUUCAGGAAGGCGGGAAAAUCAUCCCGUUUUUUUUUAUUUAUAAAUUUUAUCUUUUUUUUUUUUUUUUGUUGAUGACUGGUCAUUUCCAAAAGACAUUGAUUGUGUUAUUUUUUUUUUUAAUCCUCGUUCAAAGAAAAAAUAGUUGCUAAGAUUUUGAUUUCUCACGCACAGGGAGCGAUUCAGGAAGUCUGUAAAAUCAUCCCGUGACUGGGUCAUUGAGAAGAAAGAACGCAGAAGACGACAGGGGAAGUAAGUUAGGAAAUUCUAUAUUAACCCUAGGAAUGUCAUAAAGGCUGCUAAUCAGCCUGUGGUGUUAUGGCUGAUACAAAGGUUUGAAAUCAGUCCACCACACCAGCUCUAAUGACAUAGUGCUUAAAUGACACCAUACAUUAAUGACACAAAGAGCUGUAAGAUGUUCACAUUAAUAAUGCACAAAAUGCUUCAUGUCAAGGACAUCACUUCAGAGAAGAUAAGAGAUGGCGAGGGUUUGACCCUUGGAGCAAAGUGAGACCGACUCUGACCAAAAAUUAACAAUUUGUUUAAGAGAAGAGUUGUUUUGUGCCAUCCUUGAAUAUUUCCAUCAAUGUGUCUAUGAUAGGUGUGAAGAAUAGGUGAAUGUAUAUUCAAAACAAGCAACAUACAAGAUUCGGAAUUAAAAAAUUCCAACUGUGUGACUCAAAUAUUUCAUACAGUAAUACAUAUACAACUUUAUGUUGGCAUUUUUAUGACAAUUUAAAAGCUUUUUCAAUCUUUACACAACUGAUAUAGGUAUCCAGGCUGUCGAAUAUAAACUAGCACUAGCACUUGUUUCUGUACAAUUUUUACACCAAACCAGCUCGGACGAAAUUCCUGUUGAACAAAAAAAAACAUUGCCUAUCAGUACAGUGCGAGCAAAUUUAAGAGGCCUACCUACUACUAGGGAACAUGUCCUCAAAAAGUGACUUGGGGGUGAGGGCGAAUUGUGGCGCAAAGGAGAAGUGUUGUGUCUUGCCCUUUAGUGAGAAAAAAGUUUUUUAAAAACAAGCUGGCACUGCACCUCACAACAGCUCGCAAUGAUGUCAUUGAGGAGAAAACAAUCAAAUGAAACUGAAGCCCUUAGCCAUAAUUGAGUAUAAUUUAUGUAUGGGUGGUGUAGAUGCCUGUGGAAAAAUUUUUUGUUUGCUCCAAAACAUUCUGAAUUCUACCAUGCAUUAACGGAAGAAAAUAUUCCUGGAUUUGACUGAUGUGGCCAUUUUAAAGUCUUGAAUUAUUUAUAAUUUAUGAGAAAUUUGUGGACCCCUGCACCACGAGACUUAAAAAUAAAAAGACAUACAUUCUCUCAAUUGUACAAUCUGUCUCCAGCACUGUUGUUCAGCUGUUGCAAAUUCAACAUCGCAUUCAAAGAGUUUUGCUAGGCACAAAAAUUGGGAGUUUGUAUUGAGUUGAAUCAAGGAAAAUUUAACACAUUAUGGUGUUGUAGUUUAAAUGAAACAGUUGUACACAGUUGUUUGCAGUGACAGAAGCAAGGAAAAUGAACUGCUUUGUUUGCAGUGACAGAAGCAAGGAAAAUGAACUGCUUUGUUUGCAGUGACAGAAGCAAGGAAAAUGAACUGCUUUGUUUGCAGUGACAGAAGCAAGGAAAUUUUUAUUUGUUACAGAUUAGUUAUGGAACAGUAAUUGUUUCUAAACUUUUAUUCUCUUUCAAGAAAAAUUUUUGAUAAAACAAUUCCCCUGUGUACAACUGUUUAUUUUGUGCCUUUGAGUUAGUCUCAUCAGCCAUCUGCCCAUAGACAGAACCAGGCCCAGCAACAAUAGAAUGAUUAGAGCAAUCCUCGUUGACCAACCAUUACUUCAUGUACCGCUAUGUUUUUAUUUUAUGUCAUGUGUUGUUUUUUUAAAAUGAAUAAAUUAUUUGAUGAAUUAUUCAAAUUUCUUUCAUUGCAGAGAAACAAAACCAGACACACAAUACACAGGCAGAAAAAGAAGAGGGCAUCAUUUUUAGACUAUCUAAAAUAUUGUUUUUGAUCAUUUGUACAUAAAUAAAACAUGUAUAAGUAUAUCUC